UAUUAGUAAGUAUAUUCUUUUCUUUUUUCUCCAAUUAGAAUUCAGUUUUCCUAUUAUUUUCUUCCUGCUGCUUAGUUAAUCCAAUCAUGAGAUUUUGCAAUAAGAACUUGGAAGAAAAGAUAGCAAAGAGAGAGGGAAACUCACCCUAUAGUGAUUGGAUAGAGAAAAUAAUAUAAUACUCCCUCUGUUUCAAUUAAUAUAAACUCAUUUGACUGGACACGAUAUUUAAGAAAGAGAGAAGAUUUUUAAAAUUUAUUGUUCAAAAUAAGCUUUGAAAAUUUGUGUGGCUGUAAAUCAUUCAUAAAGUGAAUUUGUUUCCAAAUUAGGAAAGAGAUCAUUUAUUUUAACACAAAUUAAAAAAGAAAUAGGUUCAAACAAAUUGAAACCGACAUUAUAUGUUUGCAAGUCUCUUUUGUUAGUGAGUACACUGUAUUUCUUCCCCUCCCUAUCCAACCAUAGUAGUUUGAAUAGUCUAUCCCUUCACUUUCAAUAAAAGAAACAAAUGAAAAAGGAGAAAAGAAAUAAAAUAAGCACUGUAUAUGCAUGCAGGUAGCAAUUUUAAACAACAAUUUUCUGCAUGACAUGACCUGCGUAUGUUGACUUUCAUUGUUAAGCUUUCACAUCAUCCACCAAGAUAAGCAUAUGUUGAAAGUCAGGCUUUGGCAUCUCCCCGUCACUUUAUACCUAUCUUACCUUUAGCUUUGGCCUUUUUCUCUAAAAAGAAUUAAUAUUUUUAUAUUAUAUGAUGGAAGUUUUAGCCUUUUAACCCGAGUUCAGAACACUACCAAAGGAAGGUUGAGUGGUUUUCGAGUUUCAACAAACACUCAAGACAGAGUGGCCGUACUGUCACGAUCCACUGAAAUUUAGUCUUUUGUCGCUCUGAUUCGUGAAAUAUAAAAGAAAAACACUCAAGAAAGCUACUGAUAAGCUGAAGAGCAAAUUUGUAUCACUCAAUGGCUGCUCAAAAUUCUCAGCUUCACUUUGUUCUUGUACCCUUAAUGUCCCCCGGCCAUCUAAUCCCUAUGGUGGACUUUGCUAAAUUAUUAGCACAACAUGGUGUAAUUGUUUCUAUAAUUUCUACACCCCUUAACACUAUGAGAUUCAAAUCAAGUAUUGAUCACUCUGUCAAAUCAGGCCUCCAGAUCAGAGUACUUGAACUCGAAUUUCCAGCAGAACAAGCUGGGCUGCCCGAGGGAUGUGAAAAUAUGGAUUCACUACCUUCACGCGAUUCGAUCAAGGAUUUCUUUGUAGCUGCUAGUAUGUUACAAAAUCCAUUUGAAGAAUUGUUCAGUGAUCUUAAACCUAGUCCUAGCUGCAUAAUAUCUGGGAAAAACAUGGCGUGGACCGUCGAUAGUGCGCGUAAGUUUAGAGUUCCUAGGAUUUUCUUUGAUGGUAUGGGCUGUUUUUCUUCUACAUGUACUCAGAAAUUGCAAAGUUCCAAAGUUCAUGAGAAUUUGUCAAAGUUUGAGUCUUUUGUAGUACCAGGUUUGCUUCAUAGAAUAGAGUUGACUAAAGCACAGUUGCCUGAAAAUCUGAAUCCAGGCUCACCAGACUUAGUCGAUGUUCGCAACAAAAUGGUUGCUGCUGAAUCCAUUUCAGAUGGGAUUAUUGUCAACACAUUUGAGGAAUUGGAACUUGAAUAUGUUAAAGAGUUUAAGAAGAUCAAAGGUGGAAAAGUAUGGUGCAUUGGCCCUGUCUCAGCUUGCAACAAAUCGGAAUCCGAAAAGGCUACAAGAGGAAAAAAUGUGUCAUUGGAAGAGAAUAAAUGCCUCACGUGGCUAGAUUUGCAAGAACCAAACUCUGUGGUUUAUGCAAGUCUUGGUAGCAUAUGUGGCCUAACAUGUUCACAACUUGUGGAACUUGGAUUAGGUUUAGAAGCAUCAAAUAGGUCAUUCAUAUGGGUAAUGAGAGGAGGGGAAAAAUCAAAAGAGUUAGAAAAAUGGAUUGAAGAAGAAAGAUUUGAAGAGAGGAUUAAAGGUAGAGGCUUUUUAAUAAAAGGCUGGUCACCUCAAAUACUUGUGUUAUCUCAUCCUUCUGUUGGCGCUUUCUUAACACAUUGUGGAUGGAAUUCGACUCUAGAAGGGUGCUGCUCUGGCUUGCCUGUAAUUACUUGUCCAUUGUUUGCUGAGCAGUUUAUAAAUGAGAAAUUGAUCACACAAGUAUUAGGCACUGGUGUUAGUGUGGGAGUCAAGGCUGCUGUUACAUGGGGAAUGGAGGAAAAAUCGGGAAUAGUGAUGAAGCGCGAAGAUGUGAAGAACGCGAUUGAGAAGAUCUUCGAUAAAGGUGUAGAAGGAGAAGAUCGACGUAGAAAGGCAAAAGAGAUCACGAAAAUGGCGAAGAAGGCAUUAGAGGAAGGUGGCUCAUCUUACAUAAACAUAGAGGCUUUGAUUCAAGAUAUUAUGCAACAAAGUUUGAGCAGUGUUGAGGCACGUUCUUGAUACUGUAGUUCUUAUGAAAAGUAAACUCUUUUUUCAGAAUAUAUAGUCAUGAAACUCUUUCCACUGAAUUGUGAUUUGUGUCAUUUAGGAAUACAAUUUAGCUGCUGUGUUUUUAUGUCUCAAAUUUAUUUCAGUAAUGAUCUGUUCUAGUGUUGAAACUUUGAGCUGAUUUUAUAGGAAAAGGUUUAUUAUUAUUGUUUAACUA